UUAAAAGAGGAGGAGGUGGUGGUGGUAGUAGUGGGUGGUAAAAGGAGGUGGUGGUGGUGGUUUAGAGAGAGAAGAGGUAGUGAGGGUGGGUAAAUUAUGUUUGAGGGGGGUAAUUUUUUUUAGAUACAAGGGUAAAUUUGUAAAAUAUAUUUUAUUUGCAGGCGUUAGUUAGAUAUUCGAGGGCGACGUUUAGCUUUCCACUUUUUUUUUAUUUAUUUAUUUAUUUAUUUUUGUUACGAGUACUUAAUAAUUGUCGCACCAUCGGAAAAAAAAGUGCUUCCCAUUAUUAUUGUUCAAUUUGGGUAACAUUUCCUUAUUAUUGAAUAAAAUCAAUAGAAUACAAUACAAUGAAUAAUAAUCCAUAGCCUCAGAAAAAUAAGGAAAUAUUCCUCCUAAAAAGGUAAAAAAUCAUCAUUACCAAAACCAAUAUUAUAUCAACAUAUCACAAUAAUCAAGGGAGAGAUUCCCAAGCCAUAUGUCAAUCCAUAUUGGGUGCGUUACUUCCCUCCCAUGACCUAAGAAAAUUAACAAGGAGCAUAUACUUUCUUCCCCUUAUUAUUUUCAUUAUCUCAUUCUUUAAAUAUUGCAACCUUACAUUUUCGAGUUUUGACCUUUUGACACUAUUUGAGUAUAUAAUUAUAUUUCUCCAAAUAUUUGUAAAAUUCGUUUCAAUAUUACUUUUAUUUGUAAUAUUUAUCAUAUCAUGAUUGAGGUAUACAUUGCGCUUUAAAAAAAGCAUAAUCCCUUUUGUUGCAUAAUCCCUUUUGUUGCAAUCUUAGGAAUACGGAGAAAACAUUUAUUAUUACUAUUAAUUUGUUACCUGUAUUAUUUACAGUAAUUAAAUAAACCACCAAACUCCUCACAAAUAACACAUUUUCAAGCAAAAACAUCAGUCAUUCAGUCCUCCUUCUCCCCUGCUCAUUAUUUCUCUCUCCUCUUUUUCUCUCUCCAAAAUCAACAAUGGUGAAGAGGAAGAGGAACAAUAACAUCAGCAAGCCGAAAAAGGAGAUAGUUGAAGAACCAAUUAAAGGAGGAGAAGUUGAGUCUGAAGAUUACUGCUUUGUUUGCAAAGAUGGUGGUCUUUUGAUGGUUUGUGAUUACAAGGGUUGUGUGAAAUCUUAUCACGCUGAAUGUGUGGGAAAGGAAGAAUCAACUGAAGAUACUGAUGAUCCAUGGAUUUGUGGAUGGCAUAAUUGCCUUGUUUGCAAAAGAAAUUCGAAGUACCAGUGUUUCUGCUGUCCAAAUGCUGUUUGCCAAAGCUGCUUCAAGGAUGCUGCAUUUGCAAAAACUGUAGGCGGUAAAGGGUUCUGCAAUGACUGCCUCAAACUUGCAUUACUCGGAGAAGAAGGCGUGGAUGUUGACUCAGAUGGGGAAAAAGUGGACUUCAAAGACCGGGAAACAUAUGAAGGCCUUUUCAAGGAAUACUGGGAUAUUGUCAAGGAAAAGGAAGGGUUGACCUUAGAAGAUCUGCAUGAUGCAGAUGUCCAAAUAAAAAAGGAUGAUGACAGGGACAAACCUCAUAAGUCACAUAAGUCUCGGCAGCUGCAUCAUUCUGACUCAGAUGAAUCUGUCAAAGAGGAAGAAAAUAAAGAAUUGAUAUCUGAUGAUGAUCAUGAUAGUGAUGGUGGUGAUGACGGUGAUAGUGCUGUACAGCCAGUAAUAAUUAGUAAUAAAAAGAAGCCCAAACAGUUGCCAAGAAGGCGCAAAGGUCCUAAAAGAAUUGAGUUUGUAGGUUGGGCCUCCAAAGUUCUUAUAGCGUUCCUUGAAUCUAUUGGAGUAGAUACGAGCAAGAAGCUAUCUCAGGAUGACGUGGCUUCACUGAUCAAUAAGUAUGUACAUGAAAAUAAACUGUUUGAUCCAGACAAAAAGAAGAAGGUUCUUUGUGAUGUACGUCUGCGACCUUUAAUAGGAAGAAAGUCAUUUAGCAUAUAUAAAAUAAAUGAUGCUUUAGAAGGUCAUUUUUCUGAAAACCUAGACAAGUCAGAAGGUGAAGGAUAUAGUUCAGGAUGUGAAGAGGAGAAGGCCUCCUUACCUAUAAAGAAGAAUUGGUGGAGAAAGCUUGGAUCCUUUCAGCAUAAAGGAUCACUUAUGGAAAAGUUUCAACAGAAAGAGGCCGUAUUAGAGGAGCCUAAAAAACCAAUUGUUGUUUCUAAAGUUAUUUAUAGUCAAUUUGCAACCAUAUCUCCACAAAAUAUGAAGCUCGUUUACUUGAAGAGGUGUUUGGUGGAAAAAUUGUUGGAGCAGCGUGAAACAUUUGAAAGCAAAGUGGUGGGAAGCUUUGUGAAAGUCAAGUCGGAACCAUUUGAUGCAAGGCUUCCAUAUCAACUCCUUCCAGUAAAAGGAAUCUCGAACUCUGGUGAGAAGAACAAUGGAAAGUUUUUUCUUCAAGUAUCUAAUCUAGCUAAUGAUGUUCCUAUUCGCUUACUAUCAAAUGAUGAUAUAGCUGAGGAAGAUUGUGAGGGGUUGCGUCAGAAAGUGGACAAUGGCCUUCUUCCUAAGCCUACUGUUGUGGAGCUUGAGAAGAAAGCAAAAGAAAUCCAUGAAGAUAUUACAAAAUAUUGGAUCACCAGGGAACUGUCUAUCCUAAAGAAUCGCAUUGAUCAAGCAAAUGAGAAGGGACGGAGACAUGAAUUAUAUGAAUCUCGUCAAAGGAGAGACCUAUUACAGUCAGAGGCAGAGCAGUCGCGCUUGCUAAAUGAGGUCCCUAAAGUAAUUGCAGAUGUAAUCAAACCUGAUGAGGAGACUCAGGGUGAUGAUAAUUCCGGAAAUGCUAACACUCAAGUGAUUCCCGGUGAAAACUCUGGAGGCAAUGGGAAUAUUUCAGCGUAAUUGGUACUCCAUGACCCUAGAUGCAGAAUAAUUUCUGAAACCUACCUGCUAUAGUAUGCUACAGGCCUGCAGACGAUUACAAUACAGGUCUUAGAAGUUUUUGUUUUUUUCGGUUGGUAAAGUAGUUUUCUGUAAAUACAGAAAAUUUACAGCAGAAACCGUAUUGUAUUUAGUUCAUGGCUUGUUCUUUAGAUGAAUAAGUGAGCUAAAACUUAAUUGUUGAUGAUACUAUGAAACAACUUAAUGUUAUGGAAAACUCUAGUGAAUUUUGAACUAAGAUAUAAA